ACAGUGCUUGAUCAGAAGAACAGUUUUUGGAUGCCCUCUAACUAAAGGAGGUUCUGGUCUGGUUCAAAAGACUAAAGAUGCUUGUUUGAGGUUCUGCAGACCACAAAGUUCUACAGCAGCUGCUGGCACAUCUGGAGAGGAUACCUUGCUGAAGUGGGGCCUUCUCCUUGUCCCUCUGACCACGUUUGGUCUUGGCACAUGGCAGGUUCAGCGGCGCAAGUGGAAAUUAGAUUUGAUUGCACAGCUGGCAUCAAGAAUCCAAGCAGAUCCCAUCCCUCUGACAUUAGACCCCAUGGAACUGAAGGAGUUGGAGUACAGACCUGUGCAGGUCAGAGGGCGCUUUGACCACUCCAAGGAGCUCUACAUCCUGCCCCGCUCGCUGCUGGACCCCGAGCGGGAAGCGCGGGAAGCCGGGAGGAUCACAUCCCGCCCGGAGAACGGAGCCAACGUCGUCACCCCCUUCUACUGCACAGAGCUCGGGGUCACAAUUUUAGUCAACCGAGGAUUUGUGCCCAGGAAUAAAUUGAACCCAGAGACCAGGCUGAAGGGACAGAUUGAAGAUGAGAUUGAUCUCACAGGGGUGGUGAGACUAACAGAAAAAAGGAAACCCUUUGUGCCCGAAAAUAACAUUGAAAAAAACCGCUGGCAUUACCGGGACCUGGAGGCCAUGGCCAGGGUGACUGGUGCUGAGCCCAUCUUCAUUGAUGCAGAUUUCAGAAGCACAGUCCCAGGGGGGCCCAUCGGGGGCCAGACCAGGGUGAGCCUGCGGAACGAGCACAUGCAGUACAUUGUCACCUGGUAUGGUUUGUGUGCUGCAACUUCCUUCCUGUGGUAUAAGAAAUUUAUACAGAAGCUUCCCGUGUGAGGGGAAGAAACAUCUUUGUGCUACAGUCAAGAACACUUUUAUGGAUGACAGGAGCCUGAUCAGUCAUAAAUAACUGAAGCACCUGGAAUUCCGAAGCAGUUUCAACAAACAUUAUCAAGCUGCAAAUAGACUUUAAGCAAUCCCUGCAAACUGAGCUCCCACCACUGUGAUUUGGCUGCAGCUUGGGAGCACUGAACUUCAAUAGUAAUCACAAGAAUACAUUUUUCUAACAUGGUUGGUUGUUCAAGUAGGCCUCCCUGAAGUCAGGAAUGGCUCACAGAAGUUUCAGAAUAAAUAAAGACCUCCAGGUCUUUGCCUUGUGA